UGUGCUUGUGCUUCAGAGACACAGGACAGAGAGUUUAGUUUUUAGCUGUUGGGGCUGAUCUUGUGAGGACUCCUUGCUUGUGAAUUGUGACAACAGAGUCCUUGUAAGGGGAGCAUAGGACAUGAAUCCAAGGGAAACUGCCAAGCACCCAGAAGACACAGGAACCCCCCUCUCAUUCCCCCUCCCUAACCCACCCCCUCUCUCUCAACUCGGCACUCGGCGUCAGUGCUGGGCUGUUAGACAGUGUGCUCAUUGUCCCCCCAGCACGGCACCUGCUCUCUGCUCGCACAGCUUCACCUUCUCCUCCUGCUCAAGUAUGAUGGAGCUUGGACCAAGAUGCCUCAGUGUGAUCUACUUGCUGUUUCUGUGUCUGUCUUUCUGCCUGCCCGGAGACACAAACACAAAAAAAGCCAUCAAGAUACCCCGCUGUCCUGCGACCUGUUCGUGCACCAAAGAUAGUGCCUUUUGUGUGGAUACGAAGGCAAUACCAAAGAGCUUCCCACCUGGGAUCAUUUCUCUGACGAUGGUGAAUGCAGCAUUUACGACGAUCCCAGAAGGAGCUUUCUCACACCUUCCCGUACUCCAGUUCCUACUUUUGAACUCGAACACAUUCUCCACCAUUUCGGAUGAUGCUUUCGCUGGUCUAUAUCACCUGCAGUACCUGUUCAUCGAGAAUAAUGACGUCCAAACUCUCUCAAAAUAUACCUUCCGUGGACUAAAAUCUCUGACUCAUUUAUCCCUCUCAAACAACAACCUGCAACAGCUGCCCAUAGAUCUAUUUAAACAUCUGGACAUCCUCACGGAUUUAGACCUGCGAGGAAACUCCUUCCACUGUGACUGUAAGAUCAAAUGGCUGGUUGACUGGAUAGACAAGACCAACACUUCCGUUCCUCCCGCCUACUGCGCCAGUCCCUUUGAAUUACAGGGUCGUAGAAUCCAUGACCUCGCUCCGAGAGACUUCAGCUGCAUCAGUGCAGAUUUUGCCAUUUAUGAAACGUUUCCUUUCCAGUCAGUGUCUGUGGAGUCUUACGAGUUCAGCGGGGAUCAGUUUGUUGUCUUUUCUGAACCUGAAUCAGGGUUCUGCACUCUUUAUGUGUGGGAUCAUGUUGAAAUGACAUUUAGGACAUUUCAUAAUAUUUCCUCUCGGUCAGCUCUGUACUGCAAACCAAUGGUGAUAAACAACACGCUUUAUAUGGUUGUGGCUCAACUUUUUGGUGGAUCUCACAUCUACAAGUGGGAAGAAGACCCUCUUCGCUUUGUGAAGAUACAAGACAUUGAUACUACUCGAGUGAGGAAGCCCAACUUUGUGGAGACGUUCCAACUGGAUGGCGAAUGCUAUUUUGUAGUAGUAGACAGUUCGAAGGCCGGUUCAACCAGCAUUUAUCGAUGGAACAGCAAUGGCUUUUACUCCCACCAGUCGCUCCACCCUUGGCACCGCGACACCCAUGUAGAGUUCCUCGAUGUCGGAGGAAAGCCUCACCUCAUCCUCUCCAGCGCCACUCAACCACCGGUGAUUUACCAGUGGAACCGAGGGCAGAAGCAGUUUGAUUUCCUCUCCCAAAUCACGGAGCAAGCCGAUGUGCAGAUGGUCAAACACUUCUGGGUUCGGAAGGCGCUUUACCUUUGCCUCACACGCUUCAUUGGUGACUCAAAGAUACUCCGCUGGGAAGGCCAGCGUUUCAUCGAGAUCCAGACUCUUCCCUCUCGGGGCUCCAUGGUUGUGUAUCCCUUCACGGUGGGCCUUCGGCAGUAUCUCACCCUUGGGAGCGAUUUCUCUUUUUCCAGAGUGUACUUGUGGGAUGAUCUCACUCAGCGGUUUCAGCCAUUUCAGGAACUCAAUUUGAGAGCCCCGAGGGCCUUCAGCUUGGUGUCGGUCGACGACAAGGACAUUAUGCUGGCUGCCAGCUUCAAGGGAAAUUCACUGGCCUACGAGCACCUGCUGGUCGAUCUCAGUGCCAAGUAGAAAUGUGACGGACAAUAUGACGUGCCAACAACAAGAACAAAAAAUGAAAAAGUGCAUGCAUAUUUUAGUCCAUAUCAAUAUUGAAGUUGUGGAAAACUCUGAAUUAUUUUGAAAAUUCAAAAAUAAAUGUGUGUAUUACUGUAUAUAGCUCCACUAUACACACUAAUAUUAAAAUCGUGGAUUUGUAUAAUUUUGAUGAUUAGAGCUUACAGAUAAUGGAAACCUAGAAAUUGGGAAGGUAUACUGAAUCUGGACGACUUUCAGGUUUUGAACUACUGUACUGACAUAUCUGAAAUUUUCCACACCUGUAUGGAGGUUUUGUGAUUUCACACAAUGUUUUUAAUGACUAACAAAAAAAAGUAAAUCUAUUUUAUGAAUUAUCUUUGGAAAUCUUAAAUUCAUGUUAAAAUAGAGCCUCAGUGCCAUGCUGAUUGAAAUGCCAAGUUAUUCUUUCUGUACAUAUUGCUAUUGUUGAAAUGCAUGUUCAUUUAUUGAAUCAGUCACCGGAUAAUGCUCUUUUGUUUGAUACCUGGUACUUUUAUUUAAGCGUGUAAAAUUUAAAAAAGCUGAAAUUACAUAUUUUAAACAGAGGUGGCUUAAUGUGUCCCUCAAGUGUUUCUGACACUGAUUCAAGAAACUU